AUGGUCGCAAACAUCGAUGGGAAUGCAAAGUGUUCCCACGGUGACGUACCGAUAGCGUCGGGGUCCUCCACGAUGGCAUGGAUUCCGCCAUCCGAAGAGCCUGAGAGGCCACCGUUGACCUCGCACCAGUCGAAUUCCCUUCCUUCCACCCCAUACCAGCAUGCGCGCAACCUCUCCUUCCACUCGCGGUCACCGUCACCCGCCCGCGGAAGCACUUCGCCUCGUUCUACGCAUUCGGAAGCGACGCAUAUGCCGCGAAAACCCCUCGGGGGCUGCAAAUAUGAGACUGCCAUGGCCUACUUUCGGAGGCGCAUACCCUAUAGCCUGGGAGCGGACGUGCUGCCAGAGGAGAAGGAGGGGUUAAAGGAGCAACUUGAUCCCGAGGACGAGGAAAGACUGUCGGCUGACAUCAUGGACUUGUACGAUCGAUUAUUACCGUCCGCCGAGAGCGACGACCGACGAAGACAACUGGUCCAGAAGUUGGAGAAGCUGUUCAACGAUCAAUGGCCUGGUCACGACAUCAAAGCGAAUAUCUUUGGUUCCUCGGGAAACAAGCUCUGCUCCAGCGAUUCGGACGAUGGGAUGCAAAGGGUGGUCUGUGUAUCACAUGCAAAGGUUCCUAUUGUGAAGAUCUGGGACCCGGAACUUCGAUUGGCCUGUGAUAUGAACGUCAACAACACAUUGGCAUUGGAAAAUACGCGCAUGAUCCGGACUUAUGUCGAGGUGGAUGAGCGCGUGAGGCCAUUGGCGAUGACCGUGAAACAUUGGACAAAACGGCGCAUUCUGAACGAUGCGGCACUUGGCGGCACUUUAAGCUCCUAUACGUGGAUCUGUCUCAUCAUUAGUUUCCUUCAGACACGGAGCCCACCCAUUCUCCCCAGCUUACAAGCAAGACCCCACGCCAAGAAGGUCACCGAGGAUGGAUUGGUUUGCUCAUUUGACGACGACAUCAAGACUCUGUCGCAAUUUGGCCGUCACAACAAGCAAUCAGUCGGCGAGCUGCUCUUUCAAUUUUUCCGAUAUUAUGGUCACGAACUCGAUUACGAAACAAACGUCAUCUCUGUCCGCGAAGGCAAGUUGACAAACAAAGUCGCCAAGGGCUGGCACCUGCUCAUGAACAACCGGCUUUGCGUGGAGGAGCCUUUCAACACGAUACGGAACCUGGGAAACACGGCGGAUGACACCUCAUUCCGAGGCUUGCAUUUGGAGCUGCGCCGGGCGUUCAAAUCUGUGGCAAAGGGUGACCUGGAAGAGGCCUGUGAACAGUUCGAGUUCCCGGUAGAAGAGGAGCGAACCUGGGAACGACCCAGACCCCAACCACGACCAACCCUUACCCCGUCCCUUCCAACGCGUGGUGGGCGCGGGGGGAACCGCGGAGGCCGGUACAACAACCAGCUCCCGCGCGGCGGGUUGGCUGGCGGGAGGCGGCAGUCGAAUACCGGCACUAAUGGGAGCAAAGUGACCCUGCGGCAGCCGAAUAAUGGAAAUGCGACGGAUAUGUCCCUGCAAGCACAGCAACAGGCGCAGUAUCUUUUGCAUGAUCAACUGUACCAACAAAUCCAGCUCCUACAGGCGCAGGAGCAGGAGUUGCGCAUGCAAUUGCACAACCAGGCGGUGAUCACUGGGCGACCGCCCCCUGUCUUCAUCCGUCAACCUUUUAUCCAUUUCCCAGUUCCGCAGCAGCAGGAGUUCUCAGAUGAGACCACACGGUCCAGAUCAGGAACUGCCAGCCAUGCAACCCUCAGUCCAACACAGCGACAGCCAACAAUUUACAACCCCAGCUACGCCUCUGUGGGAUCCGGCACUCAAGCAACCACCACCAUCAACCCUCCCUCUCCUUCUGCUGCCAGCACCAUGCCUGAUACUCGUCGUGACUCCCGACGAUUGUCGGCUGCCAACGGCUCUCCGAAAUCCCUUCGAGCUCACUCGCAACCCGCAAGACCACUGAACUCGCCCUCUCUCCCAAAUUACAUUCCUCUAUACACCAUGCCGCAAACCGUGGAGAAUUGGUCUUCAUCGAGACCUGCACCCGAGUCGUCCGAAGGUGGUGAAGGGAGUGGAGAUGAGAACGCAAUUCGAUCAAACAGCCUUGCCAGCAAUGGAUCUCGUUCGGACUCUGUGGAUGAGAAUCGACCACAGGAGGUUUUCAAUUAUUAUUUGACUCCUCAGCAGGUGCAGGCCUUUGAGCAAGCCAACCCACAAUACUUUGUGGGAUAUCCCACUGGAUAUCAACAAGUGAACGGAAAGUAUCGACAGGAGUCGUUCUCGUCGGAAACCAAUGGAACUGCGCAUACUGCCUCGCAACCCCCAUCGCAACCUCGACAGACUGCGCGUCCAGCCAUGUCCGGUCCUCUGGUCAUCGAUGGCUCAGUUCGUCCGAGCGAGCCGCGCACGACGGAAUACACACCUGGUCUUGACCCCUUCUGUGCUGUGAGUCAGUGGGCCUCCCGGUCUCCUGAUGACCACAUCAAUACCCCUGCCAGCUUCUCCGAUACCUUGUCCCAAGAUUAUCAGGAUUCCGGGUCAUUCGAGCUGGAGCAUCCGGCUGUAACCCCACGGUCAUCAACAGAAAGCCACAAGGUCAACGGCACAAAUGGUACCCAUGUGGAAAUGCAAUCGGACACAGAUGGCCAGCCAGAGCUUCUAGCCAGCCGACUGCAGAACUAUCACUUGUCGAACUCCGAAAAGCUAGCUCAGCCCGCAAAGCCGGCAUCAGAGCGGCCAAGGACCAUAGCCCAGACAGCCAAGGAUACCCAGCCUAAGAACUCCCAAGCCGACAAGCCAGCGAAUGAGAAUCGACAUCAACCGAGCAAUCCUAAGCGUCGUGCAAACGGCGAGUCCGAGAAAUCAAAUGGCGCGAGCGGCAAGGCUAAACCCAAGGGCCAGGGCCGUGACACAUCCCACAAUCCCACCAAGGGCGAUCAAUCCCGGAAACAGGCCAGUGAUCACGGAUGGCAGACUACUAAGAAAAAGAACCGCAAAAACACCAAGUCUGAACCUCGCGGCAAUCCUGAGCCUAUUCCCGUCGACGAUUCCUUGCGCAAAGGCGGUUGA